AUGGGCUGCAUCUCUUCGCAAAGCCAAGAACCCAAUCUGACGGCCCUUGCAAAGCAAUUCCCCGUCAAGUUGCCGCCCAUCCCUGGGGACAUCCUCCUGUGUGGGGAUCUGUCGAAAGCAGCAGUGGAGCAGAUCGCCAGCCAGACGAGAGGAUGGCUGUACUUGAAUCCAGCAACAGACCCCCACUUCUUUCCGGAGACCAUUUCCUCUUGGGGCGCCGAAUUGCAGCACGUCCCUUUCAAUCCUGCUGGGGUGCUACAGGCCCGUUCGGUGGAACUCUUGGUGGGAGCCAUCGGUCGUAUGCCUCGGCCUUUGGCGAUACAGUGCAGCAAUCGGACUCGAUCCUCUGCGGCAUUUCUGCUGUGGCUUGCGGAUCUCAACGGCUACCGCCGCGCCUCAGUUGAUCAGCUGGUCAGUGACCUAUUCCUGGACGUGGCGUUUGAUACCAAGCAGUGGUUGGAAUGUCAGCUGCCAGCUGUUGGUUCGGCUGAGCCGCUGACGGCGCGGAGCCCGGAAGUAAGGCAACUCUUUGACCCGGAGCUGUCGAGUUUCAUGUACUUAGUGCACUGCCCUGAUAGCAAAGAGGCGGUGGUCAUCGAUCGGCUGCAUGAGCUGAUUCGACCCACUCUGACACUCCUCGCAGAGCUGGGUCUUCAACUGAAAUAUGUGCUGUUCACGGAUCCAUUGAAGAGCUCCGAUGUCGACGCUGCCAGCCUCCGAGAGGUUUAUCCGAAGCUUCAAACCAUCUUGCCCCAGGGCUGUGAAGCGAAGGCAGACCUCUACUGCAAUCACAGCGAUAGCAUUGGAUUCGGCAGUUUGUUCUUAGAGGUGCGUAGCACGCCGGGCUAUACUCCCGAAUCGGUGACUUAUGUCCUCAAGACCCAUAGCUGCCGCUGGGCCUUCACGGGCUAUGCGCUGCUGGUGCGGGGCUGCGGGCGUCGCAUCAGUGGCAUUGGGGACCGCUAUCUGCAGCGGCUGCACUACCACAGCGUGCAAGAACAAAUUCUGUCGCUGGAGCCGGACACGAUCAUUUGCCCUCGCUUUGAUGUGCAGCAAAGAAACGUGUCCACCGUAGCAGAAGAGAAAAUGUUCAAUUUUCGCUUCCGUGGAGGGGAGGGCGAGUUCAUUCGAAGCUUGGAAAGUGGACACACGGUCCGGACCAGUGUGGCAAGUCUGCUCUCUUCCAUGUCUUCCAAGAACGAUACGCCUGCCAAGUCGGAGGAACUCGGUUACCAAGGGCUCGGCUCCCAGCCACUUAGCGCUGCGACGCCCAUGGCGCGCCAUGCGAGAAAGGCUGCCGAAGGAGGUGACGGCGCAAAUACGCCGAGGCCGCUGGAAGGCACUUGGGACCAUGGCCUGGCUCUGCUCCGGUCCAUGCCUGCAGGGCGCAUGGAGCCGAGCAUCAUUCCCUGCUCAGCAGCCAUGAAAGCGUGUGGCCAGGCGGCGCGCUGGUCCGAGAUGCUGGAGCUCUUCUGUCACCGUGCAGUUUCCAUGGACAUCAUCGGCUGCGGGGUGGCCCUGGGCGGUCUCAAGUGCCGUUGGUUGGACGGGCUACAGCUUUUGGAGGCCAUGCGAUGCGAUGGAGGCCUGCCAGACCCGGAUCUCACCUGCUACACGCUGCUGCUGGAUGCUGUCAGCUGGACCUUUCCCUUGGAGCUGCUGGACUUGGCGCAACGACGAGGUUGUGAACUGGACCGAGUGGCACUGAACGCAGCAGCAUCUGCAGUGUCAGCAGAGUGGCACCUGGUUUUGCAGCAACUGGCUGACCUUGAGAACUGUGCAUGGCCUCGGCGUCAGGAUGCCAUCACCUCCUACAACAUCUUGAUCCACUCCCUGGCGCAGCACUGGCGCCGGGCUACGACGAAAGUGGUGGAGAUGACGUGCCGAUCGCUGCAGAUGGACCAGCUGAGUUUCGGAUCGCUGGCCGAUGCAUUCCAGAAGUCGCUGCAAUGGUCCCAGGCCCUCCAUCUUUUCAGCGUGGCGGACAGCACCAAGGUGCUGGUGAGCAGUGUGGCAGGGGCUUUUCCAACGGAUCACUGGAGGAUGGGGCUGGAACUCAUGGAGAAAGUGAGACCAGACACCACUCUGGCGCGACUGCUGUUGAUACAAAGUGCCCCUGCAGGGCCCGCCCAAACGCUUCGCCUCUUGCGUCAUCUGGGCGGCUCGGCAUCGGUCCCCGCUUUGCUGCCUGCGGCCCUGGGUGCGCUGGCGAAGCAACGGGCCACGCAGGAAGCCAUGACCCUGGUGGACGAUGCGGUUGGUAGACGCGUCAGGCUAGACGUGGCUUCCUUCAGCUGCCUCAUUAGCUUGGCGUCAGGCUAUCCCAGCCAGACCCAGGCGUUGCAGUGGCUGCAGACCAUGCGGCUGCAACACAUUGAGCCGGACGAGCAAGCCUUUGUGGCUGCGCUGAAUGUUUGCCGUGCCUGGCCCUGGGCCUUGCAGUUGUGUUGUGACAUGGCCAAGCAUCAGGUCCAGCGUGGCAGUUACACCUCGACGAGCUGCUUGAGCAGACUGGAGAGCGCUCGGCGCUGGCGGGAGGCGCUGUCAAUGCAGGUGCCACAAAGCAGCAAUGCCUUCAAUGCUUUGCUGGCGGCCUGCGAAAAGGGCUAUGCCUGGCACACCGCGCUGGCUCUCUGGGAGCGGCGGCUUUCCAGCACCAGCUUCGGGGCGAACGACGAAGCGCGUUCGAAGCGCGUGGGGCGCAACAGUUUGACCUCCGCACUCAGCGUGGUGGCCUUGUGGCGCCGUGCCGUGCAAAGCUUCAGCAACCGCGCUGCAGGCGCUGCAGGCGCUGCAGGCGCUGCAGGCGCUGCAGGCGCUGCACCUGACGUGGUUGUGGAUGGCUUGCCAUUGCAGCCAUAUAGCUGGCCUAGAGCCUUGCAAGUGGCGGAGGUCAUGCGCCAAGCCACCGUGAGGUCCAACGAUACAUUCCUAGCCACCUUAGUGGGCCGUUGCAAGGUGGCCUGGCAUGUUGUCCUUCAGCUACUCGGCCAACAGCUGACCUCCUUGGUGGCCGCCACCACUGCCCUGGAUGCUGCACCCUCGGUCUCGCUGGCAGCCUCCACCUGUCGGUUGGUGCGGCAGCAGCUGGGGGUGGAGGAUUGGACACAAGUCCUGGCAGCUGCAGAGGUGCUGGUUGCCACAGACCAGUGGAGGGAAGAUCUCUUGCUACCCUUCCGCGCGAGGGUUUCUGGGCCGCCCAUGGUGAGCUUGCGGAAGUUGAAGGAGGGCGAAGGGAAGAGAGAGCUCCAGGUGGAAGGCUUGCAGGGCCGCUUCAACCUGGGCCCCUGCACCUCAGAAACCCUGGGGCACCUGGGACUUAGUCAUGGCCGCGAGCCAUGGCAGGGUGCUGCCCGGAGAUCUGUCAGGCCGUGGUCUGAGGGCAGUAGGGAAGCGGAGCCUUCGGCUCUGCUGGUGAUGGCAUGGAGUCAGCUAGUGCUGAGGACUCGUGCUGCUUCUUGGCUUCUGGAAGGCACGUGGCUCACCGGGGCCAGUGCGAAGCCCGCCGCUGCCGACAACACUGGCGUUUUGACGCCCGUGUUCGCCGACCACGACCGUUCCAGCCAUGCGGAACGGUGGGCGCUGUUGGCUGUGCUGCGCAUGCUGGACAAAAGGGUCAUUGAAAGGGUCCCCAGGGUUUUCGAGGCAUCCGCCAUCUUUACCGGCGUUUCCACCAGGUCAUGGCCUGCAGAUGCCACACCAGAAGACAUAGCCAAGCGUUGCCAAGAGCAGCUGGAGUUGGCUUACCGGGCAGCCAAGGAGGAAUUGGCGCAGUGGAGCGGACCAUAUUGCAUGGAAGCAGGCAGGCGGACCGAUCGACCGAUGCUGGGCGUCGAUUUCCGGGAUCUCUACUACUACAACGAGAGCACCGGGGAGUCCACUUGGGUGGACCCACGCGCUGCGCUGCAGUUUGAUUUGCAGCAGCGGCGGCAACUGACCUACCUCUGUCUGACACUCUACCGACCAUGCCAGUCGAGCCUCAGUGGGCAUGCCAUGUUGCCCUUCUGCUGCUGCGAGGCUUCCCCCAAGGUCUCCGCCCCAGGCUUCCACCCGCAGCCAGUGCCAGCAACGGCGCGCAGCCGCGCGUCGUCGGUGCCCCUGAUGGGGAGGAAGAGGAGCCUGCUGGUUGGCAUCAACUACUUCGGCUCCGAGAACGAGCUGCACGGAUGUGUGGCAGACGUGCAUCGCAUGCUGGAUCUACUGAACCGCUUCGGUUUUCCCGAGGAUGAACGAAGUCGUCGCGUCCUCGUGGAUUCCCCGCAAUGGCCCAAGCACCUGCAGCCAACGCUGGAGAACAUGAGGGAGGGCAUCGCGUGGCUGGUGGCCGAUGCUCAGCCGGGCGACUGUUUGCUGUUCCACUACUCGGGGCACGGGGGCCGCAUGCCGCGCUCCGACGGUAGCCCCAGUGAAUGGCACGAGACGCUUUGCCCAGUGGACAUGGAGACUGAAGGAAUGCUCUUGGACAGUGAGCUCUUUCGCAGCCUUGUGCGACCUUUGCCCGCUGGAUGUCGGCUCACAUGUAUCCUGGACAGCUGCCACUCUGGAGGAGUCUUAGACUUGCCAUUUCUCUUCGUGGGUACACAGGAGAACUUGGCCUCUGCAUUAGCUGGAGAGGCGGUUCAGAUGGCCAUGGCUCGGAACUGGUUGGCCGAUUGGCAAUCCUGGCAGGACGACAAAGAUCCAGACACGCUCCUGUCCGACGUGGCGGGCAUGGGGAUGGACCUGUGGGGUCUCUACAACCGCUACCAGCCCGGCGACGCCAACGGCUUCCGCAGCGACGAGGAAGAGAACCAGGGCCAAGCGGCGGCGGGGGUCCUGGCCUUCACGGGCUGCGCCUCGGAGCAGACCAGUGCUGAUGUGGGCGACGUGAACCAACAGUUCCAGCUGCAGCGCGUGGGCGACGCAGGAGGGCACCUGCUGUUGGAAAGCACCAGUAGAGCAGGAGGCGCCUUAACUUCCGCCUUCGUGGAAGCCAUGCUCAGCUUGCUGCAGGGCAAGGAGAUGUCGUUUGUGGAACUGCUGGAGCACUUGCGGCAAAGGCUGUCCGAAGGAGGUUUCAGUCAAGUGCCACAACUGGCGUCCAGUUUGGUUUUGGACCUUCAUGAGCCAUUUUCCCUGGACGCAGCGCUGCUGCCGCCCUGCUCUGACGCAGGAAGCAAGGCCGUCGCGGGAACGACGUCGAGAGGGGCGCCCCAGGGAACAGAGGGCGGCUUCACUGAGCUGAUGGCUGCGGCCAACGGCUUCUUUGCAGCGGAGGUGGUGGAAGAAGCCGUGGAUUUGGUGGAGGAAGCAGGUGAUAUGUUCUUUGAGGACGGACAAGACGACUGGUAG